AUGGCGCAAUAUACGCGCACUUUCGCUCUCCUCUACGUUUUCCUUUUUCUCUGCACUUCCCUCUCGUCCGCCUUUUCCUCCCUAAGCGAUCGUCGACUCACCCCACGCGAGCGUGUCCUACGCGACGGCGCGCUACUCGCCGACCGAAGCCACUCCGUCAUCUUCAAAAAAGGCUCCUCCAGCGACAAUUCCGUCAGUUCCGCCAAUUCUGCCGGCAGCGAAGCAGACACCCGACGGAAUCUAAACGGCGGUCCGGUGACGUCGUUCGCGAUCGCAAACGGCAUCUCGCGAGGCAGCCUCAUCCAGAUUGGCUUCGACGACGCCGCGAGCGAUCGCUCCGAGUCGUCCAGCGAUCGCAUUCAGUCGCACGGCGACCAAUUCAGAGAUCCGAGCGAUCAAUUCGAGGCGCCGUCGCUCACCAUCUUCUGCGCUCCAAAACCCUACUCGUCAAUCGCGGACCCUUCGGACCCAAACCCCGACUCGCAGCGGCGCGCUUUGCUCUCCUGGCUGCGCCUCUCCCCGCCUCCGAAAAUCGUUCUUUUCGGAAACGACACGUCGUUCCACGAGCUCGCGCGUCGGUUUCCCGCGCAGAUCUCCGUCGAGCCACUGAUCGACAGCAAUUUCUACGGCGUGCCGCAGUUUCACAGCAUGGUGGCGCGCGCGCAGGCCGCUUCGACCGACAUCUCGAUGAUAAUCAACGGCGAUAUCAUCCUCCUGAAUGACGUCAUGCUCGCGUUGCAGAAGACGCACGGAACCUUCCAGCACUGGGUGAUGACCGCGGCGCGCUGGGACAUGCCCGAAGAUUUUCCGUACUCCUUCGAGCCGCAGAUGUGGGGGCAGCGGGGGCUGGCUCGCGGGCGCAGCCACGCGGCGAUGGAGGAGGAGAUCCGCGGGGUUGUACGCGAUAUAGGCACGCUGCACACGUACGGCGGGGUGGACUUCUGGGCUUGGAACAACGACUCUCCCGCGCCGCUAUUCGACGGGGUUAUGCCGCCGUUUUCGUUCGGGCGCGGGAAGUACGACAACUGGUUCACGCACGAGAUCGUGGCGGCAGGGCGGCGGACCAUGGUUGACGCCAGCGAGGCAGUCACGGCAAUCCACGUGGCGCACUCUUACUCGCACGUGGUAGAAUCAGCCGCGACCAAGAGCAUUAGUAUCGGAAACAGUAACGGAAACGGAAACGGAUUAGCAGCAGGGAAGAACUUUUGGAGCACGCGGAAGAAGAGCAGCUGGGAGCUGUUCGGUAACAUCCACAUGGCCAUGACACAUGGUUCCUACGCCAAUCAGAAGGGCACCGCGCUGCACGUGCCCUGGAAGCUCGCCACGUGUCACGAGCCGUCCGUGCACAACAUGUGCCUGCAGCAGCGCCUUCGCCCCGCCACGUGUACCUGCGAAUCCGCGAAUUUCGUUAGGUCUAGCCAGACCGAUCCGAAGCUGGAUAAAACGGGCAGGAAAUGGACAUGUGGCAGCGUGUCAGUGGACAGGAAUUCGGACUACAGUAUCCCCACUCUUCCUCCUCCUUCGCCUGCCCAAGCCCCUGUAGGCCUCCCACACACCAUGGAGCAGCUACUACCCACAAUUGCUCGGACCGUCUCGGACGGGCGGGGGGGAGAGCUGCAGGUGGUAACCCUAGUGGCGGUAACCGCGGGGUACGCGGAGAUGCUGAUGAGCUUUGUGUGCCGCCUGCGCUCCCUCGGCCUCGCCUCCAACCUCCUCGUUGCCGCGCUUGAUGAGGACUUGUACCGAUUCGCCUUCACGCAGGGCCUGCCCGUGUACUAUGAGCAAGUCAGCCAAGGGCUGAAGGGGGUUGAUUCAAAGGACUGUGCCUUUGGAAGCCAGUGCUUCAGGCAGUUCACUAAGCUGAAAUCCCGGGCUGUGCUUCGGGUGCUCAAGGCGGGGUAUUCUGUGCUCUGGACGGAUGUCGACAUUGUCUGGUUCACCGAUCCUCUCCCGGACCUGCUCUCGUAUGGCCCAGGGACUUUCCCGAUCCAGAGCAAUGAGCCGAAUGUGACUCUGCCUGGGACGGGCAUUCGGCGAAUCAACUCUGGGUUUUACUUUGCCCGGGCGGAUAAAAGGACGGUGGCGGCGUUUGAGGCGAUUACUGCGCAUGCAGCUACUACGAGAUUGUCGGAGCAGCCGAGCUUCUAUGAUAUUCUGUGCGGGGUGAAGGGCGAGAAUGUUGUGGAGGGGAAAGAGGAGUGUGUGUGGAAAAAUGGCCUCCGCACCAUCUUCCUCGAUAGAUUGGUGUACGCAAAUGGUGCGGCGCAUGCGUUUUGGGAUGAGGAGGAUGUGGAGGGAACUUGCAGAAGAAAAGGAUGCACCAUUCUCCACAACAACUGGAUUGCUGGGAAGGAUGCCAAGAAGCAGAGGUUUGUGCCUUACACGUCCAUCCUCGACCCGUCCUCCCCGCACGCCGACCCGCAGCGCCGCGCGCUCCUCUCGUGGAUGCGCCUCCGCCCGUCCCCGAAAAUCGUUCUCCUGGGGAACGACUCUUCUUUCCGCGCGCUCGCGCGGCAAUUUCCCGCGCACGUAACGGUCGAAUCGUCCAUCGAUACGAAUUUCUACGGCGUGCCGCAGGUGCACAGCGUCGUCGCGCGCGCUCAAGCCGCGGACACGCCGGUUUCGAUGGUAAUCAACGCGGAUAUUAUUCUCAUGAAUGACGUCAUGGCUGCGAUGCGGAAGGUUCACGAGAACUUUCGCCACUGGGUGAUGACCGCGGCGCGGUGGGACAUGCCCGAGGAGUUUCCUUACUCGUUCGAGCGGGAAAUGUGGGCGGGGCGCGGUCAUCGGGAACAUGAGACGACGAUUCGCGAGUUCGUACGUACGCACGGGACGCUGCACACGUACGGCGGGGUCGACUUCUGGGCGUGGAACAACGACGACCGUACGCCGGUUCCUUUGGUGAAAGGAACCGUACCACCAUUCUCGUACGGCCGCGGCAAGUACGACAACUGGCUGACGCACGAGAUCAUUUCGUCGGGGCUUCGCGAAAUCGUCGACGCCAGCGAGGCCGUUACAGCCGUACACGUGGCGCACUCCUAUUCGCACGUGAUGGAGUCGGCGUUCACGAAAAACGCGGCGGGAUUGGCGGGGAAGAGCUUCUGGAGUACGAGAAUGAACAGUAGCUGGGAGCUGUUCGCGAAUAUCCACCUGGCGCAUACACACGGGACGGUCCCGGACGGGCGGGGGGGAGAGCUGCAGGUGGUAACCCUAGUGGCGGUAACUGCGGGGUACGCGGAGAUGCUGAUGAGCUUCGUGUGCCGCCUGUGCUCCCUCGGCCUCGCCUCCAACCUCCUCAUUGCCGCGCUUGAUGAGGACUUGUACCGAUUCGCCUUCACACAGGGCCUGCCCGUGUACUAUGAGCAGGCAAGCGAGGAGGUGAAGCAUAUGCGUGCCUCGGAGUGUGGGUAUGGCAGCCAGUGCUUCCGCCAUUUCACCAAGCUCAAGUCCCGCUCCGUGCUCAAAGUUCUCAACGCUGGUUACUCUGUUCUCUGGACCGACGUUGACAUUGUCUGGUUCACCGACCCUCUCCCGGACCUACUCUCGUUCGGCCCGGGAACACUCCCGAUCCAGAGCAAUGAGCCAGACGCGAAUUUGCCCGGAACUGGCGUUCGGAGGAUCAACUCGGGGUUUUAUUUCGCCCGGGCAGACCGGAAAACAAUCGAGGCGUUUGAAGCGAUCACGGCACACGCAGCAGCGACGAAAUUGUCCGAACAGCCGAGCUUCUAUGAUGUUCUCUGCGGGGAGGCAGGCGAGCUAGUAGCUGCUGGGAGGGAGGAGUGCGUGUGGAAAAACGGACUGAGAACGGUCUUUCUAGACAGGGCCAGAUACCCUAACGGGGCGGUUCACGGGUUGUGGGAGCAGAAAAAUAUUCACAGGGCGUGUGCAAAGGUGGGGUGCUCCAUUCUGCAUAAUAACUGGAUAUCGGGGAGGGAGGAGAAGAUGAGGCGGUUCUUGGCGAAUGACAUGUGGCAUUAUGAUGCCGAUCGACGCAUGUGCGUGUGGGAGUGGCAUGGGAAGGUGCCAGCACUGGUGAGGCAAGAGGGAGGAGAGGGAGGCGGAGGAGAGCUGAAUGGGGGCGCUGGUGGGAAAGGGCAGAGGAGAGCCAUGGCGAAGAACGCGAGCAAGGCGGGAAGUCGUACCGCCGCCUCCGGUGCGAGCUGUGACGGGGACGCCCAAGACGAAGCACAAGGCGACGACGCGGAGGAGGAUUGGCCGGAGAACGGCCACGAUGACAGCGCUUCGGGCGACGGAUUAGGUCCUGCCGACAUUGAGGAGGACGAAUGGUGGAAUCAGCCAGUCGGGAGCGACGACGAGGUUGAAGAGUGGCGGGCUGGUGAUUCCGACAACGACGGAGGUGAAGAUGCUGGCGGUGAACACGCGGAGGCACAGGAAGCGGCGGUGGCAGCCGACGAGGCCGCGGCGGAACGCGAGACAGCGGCGCCUGCGGAUGCUGACGUGGUGGCGGAGGGGGACAAGGUGGCUGCGGAUGCCGUCUUAUUGGACGGCGAGGGCACCGACGAGGACCCCUGGAGCCUUGCUUCGGACGACAACGUGCCGCUACUGAAGCGGAGGCUGCGCCAUCGCAUCCAGUCCACGACGAAGCGCGCCCGCGUGGUGCUUUCGGACGACGACAGUGCCGGGGAGGAGCGUCGCCCCCUACUCAGCGCUGCGGAGAAAGGAAAGGCGAAGGUCGUGGAAGCCCCUGCUAAGUACCCUGCUAAGGUCCCUGCAAAGGCCCCUGCUCGUCGCCGCACAAGCAACAAGAAGCGCAAGGACGACGGUGACCCUGGAUCCAGCAAGGGUGCGGCUAGGAAAAAGGCGAAGAAGGCGCCCAAUCCUGACGACAUCAUCGUCAACGAGGCGUUGGGCAGCGACGAUGAGUACGCGGCGGCGGCGGGCCCGAUUCCCACGUUCCCUGAAAAGGAGAACCCUAAGGACCCCACCCUCUCUAACCCCAACACCCGCCCACCUUCCCUUCGCAGCAAAGACUCCACGAAGAAGCGCCGCGGCUGGACCGUGCGUGAGAAGCUCAAGUGGGCGCGCCGCUAUAAGGAGCUCGGCUCCCUGAAGAAAACAAGCGUGGAGUCCACCGCGAGCGUCGCCUGCAUCAGACGCUGGAGCGCGGAAGCGGCUGCGGGCAUCUACAAGGGCGCGGCUAACUGCCGCAAGCGGAUGCACGGGGGGGGGGGCGCCACGCACACUACCCCGACAUGGAGGCAGCGUUUUCCUGCUCUGUUUCGUGUCCUUGUCGUUAACAUCCCGCUGCCGUGCCCUCUCUCCCACCCGUCAGGGAACCUGCGGAGGCCUCCGCACCCCGUGGUGCUGCAGUGGAUCGCGGAGGCUUGGGAUCAAGUCCCCAGACAGAUAAUCAUCGACGCGUUCCGCCACUGUGGCAUCUCCAGCAAGCUGGACGGAACGGAGAACCACCUGGUGAUGUCUCACCUGCGCGCCAGGAGCACCACCGAUGUCUCCGAGGACAUGUCCCUCGGGGGGACCACAGGCGACAACACGCGCCUGCUCGGGAAGGCUCCAGUGGAGGAGGAGGAGGAGGGGGAGGAGGAGGAGGAGGAGGAGGAGGGGGAGGAGGAGAUGCAGGCGGAGGGCGUGCGGGAGGUGGCCGUGGCAACUGGCCUGGAGGUGCUGUACCAGGAGACCCCCAACUACCGCGGAGCGGCGGCCGAGGCUGACCGCAUGAUCGAGCCUAGGGAGACGGCUAGGCAUGCCUGGCGAGUGCCAGACUUGAGUGUAGAGCCUGUUGCUAGUGCUCCAGAGGAGGCGGUGACGGAGGGGGGUUAG